GAGACGCCACACGGCCGCCGGGUCCGAUACCAAUCUGCUGCAGCCACCCCGAGGGGCAGGACGGGACGGAGGAGAGGGUGACUCCAGGGCGGCGGCGGCAGCGCGGCAUCCAGCAACAUGGUGUACGAGACGGCGACCGACUACCUCGCUCACUGGGAGGCGCACUUCGACAAGUCGAUCCCCAAGCCACCGUGGAAGCGCCUCUGGAUCACCUGCCACGGCACGGGUGUCAAGUGGGCGGUCCUGGUCGGGGUGGCGGUGUUCGUGCUCGCCUCGCUGGACUGCAUCAUGACGCGCACGUCGCUGCUGGACGCGGGGCCGACGCUGCGCUUCCUCAGCGGCAUCUACUCGUGCACGGCCGGCGUGUACAUCUGGGCCUUCAAGCGGCAGGAGGCGCUGGCCGCGCUGCGUCAGCUCAGCUGGGUGGCCAGACGGAUCGAGGCCGGCGCCGGCGGCGCGCUCGGCGCCCGGCUCGACCUGGACGACCAGGAGACCCUGCGGCGCGCGGUGGUGCGCGCCUCCCGGUACCUCCGAGGCAGUAACAUCUGGGCCAUCUGCGUGCAGUUCUCGAUCAUGGUCCCCGUCGCGUUCACGGGCCGGACCGUCAACCCGGCGUGGCCGCCGCCCAGGACGCCGACGGCCUGGUGGGCGCUGUUCACGCUGCACUCGUUCAGCACCCUGUUCCUCCCCAUUGCGUUCUUCCCCAUGGCCGCGUUCACCACCGGCAUAGUCAGCGUGUGCUCGGCGAUGUCGCUGGCCAUCGGCAGUGAGCUGAGGAAAGCGCGGACGCCGCAGCAGGUCCGCGACGCGGCGCUGCUGUCGUCCGAGUUUAACAAGGGCUUCUCCAUGCUAACCAACCUGUUCCACGGCUUCAUACUGCACCAUCUGCAGAUCACGCUGCUCAUCCCGCUCUUCGCCUGCUACGAGAUGAUGCACGGUCAGUUUGACGAGUUUCUCGUCGUGCUCGUCCCCAUCAACGUCCUGAUCUUCAUACCCCUCUGCUUCGCCGGCCAGGCUAUGAUGGACGCCAGCGAGGCCAUGUCGUAUUCGGCGUACAGCGGGUCCUGGCUGGAGAGCGAUCGCUUCUGUCGCAUUUUGAGGUUGCAGGUGAUGCUGAGGAGCGCCAGGCCGCAGCAGCUGACCAGCCAGGAGCUGGGCACCGUCGACCUCAAGCUGUGCCAGAACACCCUCAAGUCUUGGUUCUCUUUCCUCAACUUUAUGAUAAAUACUCUGUGACGUGCUAUUCAAGCACUAAGGGAA